GUGAUCAGUUCUUAAGUGUGUGUGUCGCUCUCUCUUGGCUGUCCAGAACACACAGACACCAUGGCGAAGACAAUGGUCCAGCAGCCCCAGGCUGUUGCUCUCAGCCAGUGGAGCUCAGGUAUCUUCGACUUCUACAACAACGUACCUGAGUGUUGUUACUCGUUCUGGUGCCUGCCAUGUAUUGCCUGCAGCACAGCCAAGAAUCACGGCGAGUGUUUUUGGUUACCACUGCUCGAGUUUGGCUUCAUUCCACCAAUAACCUUAUCAAUGAGGACAUCAGUGCGUGAGCGCUACCACAUUGAGGGAUCUGUCCUUAAUGACUGUGUCUAUUCAUCCUUCUGCUGUCCCUGCGUGUGGUGCCAAAUGUCACGAGAGAUAAACAUACGGAAGGAAUCAGUCAAAUUCACCAACAGACAGGCAAAAUGAAGACCCUCCUUCAUCACCAUCAUCAGCUUCAUCGCUGUGAUAUCCAUGAUACUCAAAACCCUUUAAUACCCUCAGUUACAAAUGACAUUUUAAAAUUAUAUAUAGUUAUACAGUAAUUACAGAAUAAACAAUGUCAAGUUCUUUGAAAAUAUGUCUCAGUACACAUAAUGCAGCUCUAAUAGUAGACACAUUUUACCAAGAACUAUUUGUGGACCCAAAAUAUAACCACUAGAGGGAGCUGUCCUCAUUAUAAUGUAGAACUAGACUAAUGGAGUAGCUGUAGUAAUAGCCUAUCACCUGACGAGGGCAGCAUGACACUAAUAAACAUCACCUCGGCUAAUCAGAGUUCAUUUUCUAUAAAUGUAUGUUUAAGGUUUAAGCAUGUAUUUUCACUAUGAAAUGAGUCUGAAUAACAAUUAUUAAAAUAAACGUACAAUGAAGAUU